UAAUGUUCAAAGGUGGUGUCGGGAGGGGAAGAUGGGUAUAAAUCUGUGGUGCUGCACAAACAUAAACAGACACUCACAGUAACAGACAGACAUGGAGCUGCUGUGGUUGUCUGUUGUUCUUCUCUCCUCACCGCUUUUUACACUAUGUGAUCCACUAUUUGUCCUGUCGGCUCCUAAUUUACUGAGGGUGGGUUCCUCAGAGAACGUGUUUGUGGAGGCUCAGGAUUACUCUGAUGAAGAAAUUAAUGUGAGGAUCGUAGUAAAAAACUUCCCAGCUAAAAACAUCGACAUGCUGUCAAAAUCUGUGACCCUGACAAAGGGCAAUAAUUUCCAGAUGCUUACAGACAUAAAGAUUCCUGAUGAUAAAAAUUAUUUCAAUGAUCUGGAGAAGCAGUAUGUAUUUCUAGAAGCCAAAUUCAAUUCAAAAAACGUACACACAACGCUCGAGAAAGUGGUCAUGGUCUCGUUCCAGUCUGGAUAUAUUUUUGUGCAAACAGAUAAGCCCAUCUACACACCUGCUAGCACAGUUCAAUACAGGAUUUUUUCUCUGACUCCAAACCUGCAUCCAGUCAGUCACUCUGCAAUCUCAGUGGAGAUCAUGAAUCCACAAGGUAUCACCAUAAUGAGAGAAAAGGUAUUUUCAGUGCAAGGGAUGAAGUCUGGAAACUAUAAAAUCCCUGAGAUUGCCAGUUCUGGUAUCUGGAAGGUAGUCACACAGUAUGCAAACACUCCACAGAAGAAGUUCACUGCAGACUUUGAAGUCAAAGAAUAUGUGCUUCCAACUUUUGAAGUCACAUUAACACUCAGCAAGUCGUUCUUUUAUGUGGGUGAUGACCGUCUAACAGUCAAAAUUCUUGCCAAGUAUCUGUUUGGGCAGAAGGUACAGGGCCAAGGAUACGUGGUGUUUGGUGUGAUGGAUGGUGAGAGAAAAAUUAGUAUCCCUGACUCUCUGAAAGCAGUUAAGAUAGUUAAAGGAGAGGGCACUGCCGAUCUGACCAAGAACGUAAUUCUUAAGACCUUUCCAAACAUGGACCAGCUGGUUGGAAAGUCAAUCUAUGUUUCAGUCAGUGUUUUAACAGAGACCGGCAGUGAAAUGGUAGAAGCACAUAAGAGAGGCAUUCAUAUUGUGACGUCACCAUACACCAUCCACUUCAAGAGGACACCUCAGUUCUUCAAGCCUGGGAUGCCUUUUGAUGUCUCGGUUUAUGUGACAAAUCCUGACCAGACACCUGCUGAAAAUGUGGAUGUGGAGGUCAACCCUGGAGGGGUCAGAGGUCAAACAAAAGCAAAUGGUAUUGCAAAGAUCACAGUCAAUUCAAAUGCAGAAUCAUCCACACUGGAGAUCACCGUAAAUAUCAUACACCCAGAAUUGCAAGGUAAACCGCAAACGAUGAUUGCUCACGCUUACAAGCCCAACGACUUCUCAAAAAACUACCUGCACAUUGGCAUUGAUGCUGCAGAACUCGCAAUCGGUGAUCAAAGGAAAAUCAAUCUGAACAUGGCAAAAGGUUCAACAGUCAAACAUCAUGAUUACACGUACAUGAUCACCAGUAAAGGGCAGAUUGUAAAAGUAGGCAGGUUUAGAAGAGAAGAACAGUCUCUCGUGACUCUGCCUCUAUCUGUAACCAAAGACAUGCUUCCCUCUUUUCGCUUCGUGGCUUAUUAUCAUGUGGGUUCAUCUGAGGUGGUCUCUGAUUCAGUCUGGGUGGAUGUAAAGGACACAUGCAUGGGAACGCUCAAGCUUCAUGUGAAAGAUGACGAUGAAAAGGGUUUUAGAGAACCACGUGAUAAAUUCAGCUUGGAAAUAACCGGGGACCCUGGAGCUAAAGUUGGACUGGUUGUGGUUGACAAGGCUGUGCAUGUGCUCAACAAGAACAGAUUAACUCAGUCUAAGAUCUGGGACAUCAUUGAGAAACAUGACACUGGUUGUACAGCAGGCAGUGGUAAAGACAGUAUGGGGGUUUUCUAUGAUGCCGGUUUGAUGUUUGAGUCCAGCACUGCUGGAGGAACCAGCAUCAGAACAAUGCCUGAAUGUCCUGUCCCUUCAAAGAGAAAACGGAGAUCUGAGAAUCUUGUACAGGUCACCACGACACUGUCUGGUAAAUACUCUGGCAAUCUGAAGAAGUGCUGUGCUGAUGGAAUGAGGAAAAAUAAACUCGGCUACACCUGUGAGCGACGAGCCACGUACAUCGAAGAUGGACCAGAAUGUGUCCAGGCUUUUCUGCACUGCUGCAAUGAGAUGAAAACCAGCAGAGAAAAAGCUGGAGAGGCAGAGAUGGUUUUGGCUCGUAGUGACGAAGAUGAUGAUUAUUUUACUGACUCUGACGACAUUGUCUCACGUGUGAACUUCCCUGAAAGCUGGCUUUGGGAGGAAGUAACCCUGCCCAACUGCCAAGGACGUGGCUGUGUAACAACAUUAACAAAAGAAGGCCAUCUGAAAGAAUCUAUAACUACCUGGCAGAUCUUAGCCGUCAGCCUGUCAAACACAAAUAGUAUCUGUGUGGCAGAUCCUCAAGAGAUUAUAGUUUUCAAGAAGUUUUUUAUCGACCUCAAGAUGCCGUACUCAGCCGUUCGCAAUGAGCAACUGGAAAUCAGAGCCAUUAUUCACAAUUACUCCUCACAAAAGCUGAAGAGAGUGCGUGUUGACUUCACAGAGACAAAAGAUGUUUGCAGCUCUGCCAGUAAGAAGGGUAAAUAUCGAACAAUGGUAGAAGUUGAUGCUUUUUCCACCAGAUCUGUUUCAUAUGUGAUUAUUCCAAUGGAGUUGGGUGAACAUAAUAUUGAGGUGAAAGCUGCUGCUUUGGACUACGAAGAUGGAGUGAGAAAGCCCCUGAAGGUUGUGUCCGAGGGUGUGUUACGUGAAGUACCACUGAAAAAUGUUGAACUUAAUCCUGCGAAGAUGGGUGGAAUACAACACGAGCGAAUAAUGCCUGCCAUGCCAGAAGACUGGAUUCCAGGCAAACGUCCUGAAGUAUUAAUCUCAGUAGAGGGUGAGGCGAUAACUGAAACAGUCAAGCAGGCCAUCAGUGGAGAUUUCAUGGGUCGACUUAUUAAACAGCCAUAUGGGUGUAGCGAGCAGAACAUGGUUCACAUGACUCUUCCUCUCAUUGCCACUCAUUAUCUGGACAGGACCAAUCAGUGGGACGUUGUCAGCAUGGACCGCCGUAAUGAAGCUAUUAACCAUAUCAACACAGGUUAUCUGUUGGAGCUGGGCUACCGCCUACCAGAUGAUUCAUUCCCUGCCUAUAAAAAAAAAAAGGGCAGCACAUGGUUAACAGCAUAUGUGGCUAAAGUCUUCGCUAUGGCAAGUGACUUCAUUGCUGUAGAAGAAAAUGUGCUCUGCAGCGCCCUCAAGUGGCUGGUGCUCCAAAAACAAUUGCCAGAUGGGUCUUUUAAAGAGGAUGCAGCUGUAGUUCUAAGCUCAAUGGUUGGUGGUGUAGAGGGUAAAGAUGCUGAAUCUUCUCUAACAGCAUUUGUUCUGAUCGCCAUGCAGGAGGGCAGCAAGAUUUGUGCCAACUACAUUGGUAGUCUUCAUGGCAGUAUGAAAAAAGCCGUUGGCUAUUUGGAAGGUAAACUUCAAAAACUGAGCAAUCCUUAUGCUGUUGCAAUGACUUCCUACGCCAUGGCCAAUGCUAAUAAAUUCAAGGAGGAUGUCUUGAUGAAGCACUCCACUAAACAGGAAGCAGGAACAGCUUGGAUUGUCCCAAAACAACAUCAUCAUUCUCUAGAGGCCACAGCUUAUGCAGUGCUUGCUCUUAUAAGAGCAGAACAAUACGACAAAGCGGGAGAAGCUGUGCACUGGCUGGCCAGACAACAAUCUCACUAUGGUGGUUAUGGCACCACACAGGCAACCAUCAUGGUGUUCCAGGCAGUAGCUGAAUAUCACAUGAAGGUGAAGAAUGAGCAAAAUUUCGAUCUGAACGUGGAGCUAAGUGUGGAAGGAAGAAGCACACCAGUCAGAUGGACUUUAGCUAAAGAGAACGUGCACGUCAAACGAACAAACAAGCUUGAUCUCAGUAAGAACUUCAAUGUAACUGCCAGGGGAACUGGAACAGCGAUUCUAUCAGUGCUCAGCCUGUACUAUGCCAAACCUGCUGAGAAGAUUUCUGACUGUAAAAACUUUUAUCUAAGUGUUAAAAUGAAACAGGAAAGUGAAGUAAGUUUUGUAGCAGCCAGUCAAAGUUACACCCUCACUUUGGAAUUCUACUACAUAAACACAGUAGAUGCUACUAUGAGUAUACUGGAUGUGGGCUUACCAACAGGGUUUAAAGUGGAUGAAAGGGAUUUACAAGAGUUACUCGAUGGAAAGGAGAGAUUUAUUCAAAAAUAUGAGAUGGACACAAAGCUCUCAGAACGAGGAUCGCUCAUCAUCUACCUAGACAAGGUCUCUCAUACAGAAAGAGAAAGAAUUGUCUUCAGAAUGCACAAGAUCAAUAAUGUGGGAUUGCUGCAACCUGCUGGAGUCACUAUAUAUGAAUAUUAUUCACCAGAUAGGCGCUGUACAAAGUACUAUCAUCCUGAAAGAGACGAUGGCGCUCUAAUCAGACUAUGUCAUGGAGACGUAUGCCAGUGUGCAGAAGAAAACUGCAGUUUCCAGAGAAAAAAUAAUGUCAAUGAAGAUGAGCGAUGGAUAAAAGCUUGUGAAGCUGGCAUGAAUUUUGUUUAUAAAGUCAAAGUGGAGGAUAUGAAUCAGACAGUACACUCGGACACCUAUACAAUGAAAGUGGUGCAUGUCCUAAAAGAAGGCAAUGAUCCCGGUGUUGAAGGGAACGAGAGAAUCUUUAUGAGUCAUCCCAGCUGCAGAAAAGUUUUGGGAUUCCAGAAAGACAAGACAUAUCUCAUCAUGGGCCAAUAUGUGGACAUACUAGGGGACAGCCUGUAUUACAUAUUGGGGGAGCACACCUGGAUUGAGUACUGGCCUACGAGAGAAGAGAGCCAAACCAGCGAAUACGAGAACAAAUAUGUUGGACUCUCUCAACUAACCAAUGACCUUACCAAAACAGGAUGUACUACAUAAAUAUAACACAUGUAAAGCUAAGUAAAAAAUAAGUUUAAAAAAUGUAAAAAUUAAGCUGUUUAAACUGCAAUUCAGUAAAAUCUUUUUCUAAAGAACCUUUUGUGCAUCAGAGGUUCUCUAUGGACCAUACAGCUUAAAAAAGGACGCUUUAGGAACCUCUAAUUUUAAAGGCGAAAUCCAACAAUCUCUGUUUGGAGUACUACUCUUUGUAUACUUUAAAUAUAUCUUUAAUAUAAUUAGUUUUUAACAACUGGUUAUUUUUGUUUGGUAAUUGUUCCAAUAAAAAGGGAAAAUGUUUGACUGCAA